CUACUAUGGGGACGCGUAACGAGGCUUUCGGACAAGUCGGACGCGUGAAAAGUGGGAGGCCUACUUUGAACGACGUUUUCCCACGUACUCCAUAUCACCUGUGUUUUCGUACGUCCCCCAAAGCUUCAAAUUCAGUACCAGUUGCGUAAAACAAACAUGGCUACCAUUCAAAAGGGAAAAAACAUCACUCUGCGGGGCUCGGCACAGAUCGUCAUUGAAUUCUUCAGCUAUGGAAUCAACAGCAUUCUGUUCCAACGCGGGUUGUAUCCACCAGAAGAUUUUCGGAUGGAGAAGAAGUACGGCUUGAAUCUACUCGUCAGUUCGCAUGAUGGCGUUCAGGCAUACCUGAAAGCUAUCCUUUCCCAGCUCGACAAGUGGAUAAUAGCCAAGAAAGUUAGCAAGCUUGUCAUGGUAGUGAGCUCAAAAGCGACGCGUGAGGUGCUGGAAAGGUGGUCCUUCGACAUCCAGUUGGAUAAGACGGAUGAUGUGAAGGAGAAUGCUGGGAGAGCACCAAAGACAGAAAAGCAAACCAACAGCGAGAUCGCAGCCGUGAUGCGCCAGAUCACAGCGAGCGUCUCCUUCUUACCCAUGCUGGACGAACCAUGUACAUUCAACAUUCUAGCCUACACCGACAAGGACGCUGAAGUGCCCGCAGAAUGGAUAGAUUCGGACCCACGACUGAUCACCAAGAACGCUGAGCAGGUCAAGUUGAGGAGUUUCUCGACAAGCGUCCAUAGGGUGGACGGACUUGUUGCGUAUCGGAUGGGCGAUGAUCAAUGAGUGGUCUAUCGUACAUGGACUGAUCCCUCUAUUGAGCAGCACGCCGUAUGUCCCUCUACACACACAUCCAUGUACUCGUUAUCCCUGGCUAUUGCGUACCGGGCUCAUAUCGCAGUUUGCAGACGCCUAUAACUUCGAUUGCUCGUUCAAUAGCUGUGAGACAACCGAAUUUUAGUAAUGAGACUCAAAAGCCUCACCCAUAGCAAUCUAUAACUCGUAUUUACAAAGCCGAUU